AUGUCAAGGCCUCAAGAAAGAGAGAAUAAUCAUUCUCCUACAACUUCACCUAACAGCAAUGGCAGCAGUAGCAACAGCAACGGAUCACUGCAAGUCCCUACCCCACCCCUCACCCCUAAUCCUACCAACAGAUCUGAGACUAAUCCUUACCCUACAACUUUUGUCCAAGCUGACACCUCCACCUUCAAACAGGUGGUGCAAAUGCUCACUGGAUCCUCUGAAACAGCCCAAAAAGCCUCCAAAUCCGAUCCACCACCGCCUCCUUCCGCCGCAAAAGGAGGCGGCACGAGGAUACCACCCAUCAAGAGCACUGGUCAGAAGAAACAGGGAUUUAAGCUUUAUGAACGAAGGAAUAGUCUCAAGAAUGGUCUUAUGAUCAACACUUUGAUACCUAGUCUAGCUCAGAAUUCCAACUUUUCGCCACGAGAGGCUGAGAUCUUGUCACCGAGUAUUCUUGAUUUUCAUUCGCUGGUUCUUGGCCCGGUGACUCCUUUGAAUGCAGACACGCUGAGCAAAUCAUCAUCUUCAAUGGGGAAUGCUUCUGAAGAGGAGAAAGCAAUUGCUGAAAAGAAAUUUUAUUUGCAUCCAUCUCCUACAACAUCAACACCUAGAGAUUCUCAGCCGCAACUUCUGCCACUUUUUCCGGUGACUUCUCCCCGUGUUUCGGGCUCUUCUUCUUGA